UUUUGAUUUGAAAUGAAGGUAGCCGUUAUGAUCCUAGUGGGCCGUUGCCUCAGCUGUCCGCAGCUUUCUCCUUCGUUCUUGGAGCUCACAGCCUGGGGAGAAAAAAAGUUCCACCAAACAGCUCUUCUUCUCCAUUCCGAUUGAUCCAGCUUGAUUUCCACUUUAGAGAACGCCAUGAGUGCAGAGCUUCCAGUUUUCUCAAAGGAAGAGAUGGCCAUAAACGAAGCUCGGGGAUUCCCCAAGGCCUAUGCCCGGCUUUGUUCAUCAGUCUCAGUAACCAACGGAUCUUUCGCAAAUGGGCGUCUUUCUUCCUUCAUUCCACAUGCCUUGCAGUCUCAAAAGGCUUUAAAAGUCAAAGAACUGAACCGGAUGUUCCCCGUUAUUGAUCAAGAAGUUCGCCCUUCUGCAAAUCUGAGAAAUUAUGCUGAUUUUCUCUGGUUGCAGCUUGAUCAUCUUGGGAAUGCUGGAUUUGACCCUGCUUUGUUUCGAGUAGAUUGUUUUGGAAAUGUAGUCUACCCGCAUGCUGACUCAUCUUCUCCUCUUGCUUGGGAUAUCGAUCACUGGUUUCCUGUUUCACGAGGAGGUAAAACAGUUCCAAGUAAUUUGAGGAUAUUACAAUGGCAAGUGUGCAAAAAGAAGACGAACAAGCUGGAUUUCCUGAUUCCAUGGUGGGAUCUUCAACUGGGCAUUUCAGUGAAUCAAUUUCUAUCCAUAUUUGCCUCUAGAAACUCAAAUUUCAGGAGUAGAGCUUUCUCCUUUUUUUUCCAAGAUGGAGGCGCGGGACUAGAAUGGUUGCAGAAUUUUUGUCUGCAUGUUUUUCCUCAGAAAUUCUUGAAUUCCAAAAAAAAGCUAGGAUUAGCUCCAACAGCAAUCGUCUCUUCACAAAAUAGUUCUGAAAAAGUGGUGCUAAAGGCUAUUGAUCUUAAUAGACCAUUGAGACACAAACCUCCUUUCUCCGCAUCAAUGGAAUCAUUUCAAAAGCAAGAAGAUGUUACUAACAUUGAACUUCAAAGAUUUAGAUCAAGUAUCGUAAAAGAAAACAAUCAAUCUGCUUUAGAUGGUCCGAAAAAUAGUCCUUGUCUCACAAUUUCAUCAACAAGAGACUCAUUGAGGCCGAGGAAAGAGGCAAGAAAACAACAGCAAGAGACCAGUAGGCUGGUUGGAGAGUUGAAUAAGCUAAGGCAGCAAAAUGACAUCGAGCAAACAAUACUUCUGGAGUUGGAAGUAGAGUUAAGAACUAUGAGAAGAAGAGUGGAGAAGUUUCGACAUCUAUCGGAAACUCAGACCUCCUACCGAUCCCUCUUGGAAAAGAUGAUCAGAGAUGUCACGCAUCAGGUUAUUGUUUACAAGGAGAACAUUACACUAAAUCAAGCAGCAUCGCAAGCCUUAUUGGCUAGCUUAGAGGCCCAGAGAGCCAACUUUGAUUUUUUUGAGAGUAAGCUCUAUGAAAUAUACAAAGAAAGAGAAGAAUUAGAGUUAUGUGCCUUGGCUUGCUCUGAACAAGCCUUGAAAAGAUCGGAAAUAUAUAACGAUUGCCAUGGAAAUAGCCAUCAUUUAUCAUCGACGAGGAGAGUAAUAAAUCCAAUAAAGGAGCUGAGAAAAUUCCUCGAGGAGGAACAAAAGGCUUUUGAGGGAGUCAUUUCUUUGUCUUUCAAUUGAAAAGAAAAUUCAAAAGAAGAAUUUGAAGUAACUGCGAGUAUUAUCAAUGAAAAAAACGACCAUUGCCAAUCAAAUAAGGUACACAAAAUCAAAGAUGCCAUUCCUCAAACUAAUAAGCUUGAAGGAUUUGGAAUAAGCGA